CUAUUCAGGUCAAGGUCACCACAGCAAGGUCAAGAUGGACACCUCUACUGAGGAAGGAAUCCCUGAUGCUAAUAUCCAGAAAUAUAGAGAGAAAUUUGAGUCAGAUCCAAAGAACCUAUUGGCACAAAACGUUUGUACUAGACAUGAUCCUUUUGAAGCUGCUCUGAAGCGAAACAAACUUACUGAACUGAGCAAUGUGUUUAGUCAUAAGAUUUCAUUGGAAGGCAAACCUGUGACAAAUCAAAAAGCCUCUGGCAGAUGUUGGAUCUUUGCACUGUUCAACUGCAUGAGGGUGCCAUUCCUUAAGGAAUACAAUAUAGAAGAGUUUGAAUUUAGUCAAACCCACAUUUUCUUCUGGGACAAGGUUGAAAGGAGCAACUAUAUGCUCCAUGCCUUUUUAGAUGCUGCUAGGCGAGGAGAGCCAGCAGACGGACGCCUAACAUGCCACCUGCUGUCAGAUCCCAUUAAUGAUGGCGGCCAGUGGAAUAUGUUGGUCAACAUCGUGGAAAAAUAUGGUGUUAUGCCCAAAAAAUGUUUCCCAGAGUCCUACAAUUCAGAGAAUUCAAGAAGAUUGAACUUUUUGCUUAAAAACAAACUCAGGGAGUAUUGUCACAAGAUUUACAAACUUGUAGCUGAAGGAAAAAGUGAUGCAGAAAUCCAAGAAGACAUAGAAACUAUGAUGGAAGAGAUUUACAGAAUAGUAUCCAUCUGUCUUGGCACCCCACCAGAUACCCUAACAUGGGAGUACUAUGACAAAAACAAAGCUUAUCAGAAGGUGGGGCCCAUGUCCCCUAGAGAGUUCUACAGAAAACAUGUGAAACCAUUCUUCAACAUGGAGGAUAAGAUUUGCCUUGUGAAUGAUCCUCGCACAAAUCAUGGCUACAAUAAGUUGUACACUGUAGAGUACUUGGGGAACAUGUCUGGUAAAAAGGUCCUGUAUAUCAAUCAGCCUGUGGAUGUCUUGAAGAAAUUGGCAGCAGAAGCAAUAAGAAAUGAUGAGCCUGUUUGGUUUGGCUGCGAUGUUGGUAAACAUUUCCAUGGCAAGCUUGGAUAUCAGGACCUGACCUUACAUGAUUACGAGCUGCUGUUUGGUACCUCAGUGCAAGUGUUGAGUAAAGAGGAUAGGUUGAUCUUUGGAGAUUCUCUCAUGACACAUGCCAUGGUUCUUACAGCAGUCACAAUAGAGAAUAAUAAGACCAUUAAAUGGAGAGUGGAGAACUCUUGGGGAGAAGACGGCCAAGGAAAAGGUUACUUGGUCAUGACAGAUGACUGGUUUUCUGAAUAUGUGUACGAAGUUGUAAUUGACAGAAAACACAUACAGCAAGAUAUUUUGGAUGUGCUACAACAGGAGCCUAUAGUACUACCUGCUUGGGAUCCCAUGGGAGCACUGGCUUAUAAGGCCAAGUUGUAACACAGGCAGGGUCUGGUACCAAAUUAACUUAUCAAAAUUUAAGUCAGUAUGGAUUAAUGGGUUAAUGAUAUUUCUCAUACGCGAAGAGGCAUUGUAAGCAUUUUUUAAAGAUGCAGUUAUUUUACUGAGGACCAACAGUUUUGAUAUUAUUUGUAAUAUAAUUCCAUUUAAUUUUAGUGGUGAUAGUUGAAUUUUUGUAUUAUAAUCUGUAUUUCCAUUUCAUUUUAGUGGUGAUAGAUUGGUUUCUUAUAUAGAGCAACUUUUAGACAUUUCCAACAAUAUAAUUUUACAUAAUAGACUUUCCUCAUUCCAUAUAUAUAGUAGUGAUAGAGAAUGAUAUAAAACAGUUAGACAUUUCUGUGCUUCACAGUGAAUCACUUUUAGAAAUUUUAUCAUUAUAUACUCAGGACAAUGGAGAUCAGCAGUUUUUGGCAAAAUUGUAAACCGGAAUCGCUUUAUGGAUGUUAAACAAUAGAAUUUUGCACACAGUUUUAGGAUUUGACAGUAAAUAAGUUCAACAUCUUACACAGAGAAGGGUAAUUACUGAUCAUGAAACGUGUGGAUUGAACACAGUAUGAACAUAUAAAAGUGUGCAUGUAGGUGAGUAAACAGAUUAGAUGAUCGGCAGAACAAUCAUAUGACCAAGCCACUGUUGCUAUGUUUUUUCAUAAGAUAUUCAUAUUAUAGUGACUCUCUUAUUUUCACCAAAAUGAAUAGAUUUGUAAAAUGGUAAUCUAAUCAGCAUUUUUAAAGUUCAUUUAUUCAGGUAUAAAGCAUUCCAUAUAUAUAUACAUGUUUUUCCUUAGUCGGCGUGUUGUUUUGCAUAUAAAUGAGAAGUUUAGUUUGGGAAUUCUUGAAGAAAGUAUACAUAGCUCUUCACAACCAUUCGAUCUACAAUCUGUUGUCUGAUUCUCCUUUUUAAAAAAAAUAUUUCAAGAUUAAUAGAAGGGUCACAUAAUUCCUGUCCCAAUUUUACAGAUCACAAUAUUUAUGUAGCUUUUUUAUGAAUAUAAUGAACUGAAUAAAUUGUAAAAAGUAAA